UUCGUCUAGCUAUGGCGGGGAGUAUAUGACCCGUGGUAGCAAUGUGGGUGGCAGCUCUUCUUACUCGUCAAUGUACCCUGGUCGUAGUGUGGGGGGCAGCAGUUAUAUGGGCAGUGGUGGUUCUGGAUCAUACUAUUGAUUUCUACAGAUCAGAUGGGCCGGAGGCAAAGGGACGCCGUCCGUGGUGUUUGUGCGCUUGCAAUCGUCUUCCUCAUGGGCAUUUCUUCCUGCUUUAUGGUCUAUCGGUGCUUGAUUGGGUCUAUUCGGCCGACUUCCGUCGAGGUUUCUUCUACUUCGGAUUUUGUUAAUGAUGGUGGUGUUUUGAAGAGUGGGGAGCACAACGAAGAGUGUUGCGGAGGUAUUGAUCAUUUGGAGUUGUGGGGAGAUGCUGUGAAAUGGGGUUCUGAUUUUAAGCUCAGUUCGUCGAGGGAAUGUUGUUUGGCCUGCAAAGCCAUGUGUGAUGAUCAAAGUGGACUGUGUCGGUGUAAUUCUUGGGUGUUCUGUGGUGAUUCCAAGGCUUGCGGACCACAUUCUGGUGAGUGCUGGUUGAAGAAACAAAAGGAUAUUUUGAGCCCUGACAUAAGAGCCUCAGGAGAUCAAGUCAUGUGGACUUCUGGCCUCAUGUUUGGGAAAAUUGAGGGAAUAAUUCGCAUGGAGACAGAGUAUGGGUCCUUUCGCAUUAAGCUUUUUCCUGACUGCGCUCCUUAUUCUGUGAACUUCAUUCUCGAGCUCCUAGCAUCGAGUUCUUGUAUUGGUUGCCAAUUCCAUCGUGCUGAAAGUCGCGGAAGCUUCUGGUUUUCCAAUGGGGAUCAUAUCGACAAUGCUCCAUAUGGUCCUCCUUUUGCUCUAAUCCAAGGAACUCUUGAAGCACAUGGAGUCAUGUUCAAGAAGAAACCAUGGGAAGAUUGUCCAGCCAUUAGAAGAGGAUCAAUUGCUUGGGUUGGUUCUGGCCCGGAAUUUUUUAUCAGCCUCGCCAACCACGACGAAUGGCGGAAGGCGUACACCGUGUUUGGUUCUGUUCUUCCAGAAGACAUGGAAUUGGUGGAGAAAAUAGCACAGCUUCCUACAAAAUCGGAGAAUUGGCAUAACAUAAAUGUCUCUGUUUUGGAGAAACCUAUUCCUUUUCGAUUGAAAAGAACGAAGACUGAACUAUAAAAUAAAAAUUUUGUAUGCCGAUUUUCAAGAGGGUCACUGUCCUUUUCCAUUUUGACCAUUUGGGUACAUUUGAUGAUGGGAGUUUUGGAGAAAGAAUGAGGAAUCUUUAUGGGAUCUUUUCAAUAUAAUUUAUUUGUGUUAUCGUA